UUUGCUAGGGACUUGCUCCCAUCAUGUAAGCUAUAACUAAAGUUAGUCCUCGAUGAAAACUUUAACUGAACAAACCAUAAAACCGGAAAUCCUUGCUAGUGUUUUACAAUAUGAAGCCAAAACCUACCCAAUACCCAGGCAACUGAAAAUAUUUCCUUAGCAAAAAGAAAAGUGACUUUUUCGUGUUGUAAUUUGAGUUAGGAAGGACACUCACUCGGUAUUCCCGAAGCGGAUAUUAAAUAAUUAACGAUGAGAGAAAACUCCUUGUGUGUUGGAUACACAUAGGUACUUACCGUGAUUUUUGAUUACUUAUGCAUGUUGUUUAUUUCGGGAGUAGGUACAAAAUCUGAUUGAAUGUGUAAACAAAUAAUUAUACAAAUUAUAAUAUACUCGUAACUGUACAUAUCUUGGAAAUCAGUAUGUAUGCAAUAAAUGAAGUGAUUUAAAGAAAGAAUUGAUAGUGCACAAGAAACGCUUAUAAAAGGACACGAGUGGAGAUUUUGAAAUAAUUUCAAGAAAUGACAGAAGACAAGACAAUAAAUGCUAUUGAAAAUGGGACACAAUUCAAAAAUGGACACACAAAUACAAAAUCACAGGCGAAACCUACAAAACAUCAGAAGAAUGACGAUGUGACAGUCGAAUUCAACGAUGGCAGAAAUCCCCUCGACAGGCCCAGCACAAUUGGAGGUGGGGUAGUUCUACCAGAUGCUGUUUUGAGUAAGCUUUACCAGAGCUAUUCGGUUAAGCAACGACGUGCUGGGCUCAUAUGGUUCCUAGUUGCUUCCAUUUUGUUUGACAUCUGGGCACUGAUAAUUCCACAGGGACAAUGCAUCGAAGCCUUGGGAGUGACCUCUUUUGUGUUAUGUCUUAACAUAAUCCUGUGCAUAUUGGUACGUCUUUCAAGUUCAUCUGAAUCAAGAGUGCUGAUGAACUUUCUUAAAAUCGUUCCACAUUUAAUAUGGCUAUUAACAAUCAUUCAACUGGUGUUUUAUUUAUUCCUAAAGAAGUCCAUUUCUCCAAGAGAUGUCCUUGGAUGGGGAAUUCUUUUGAAUUUUCUUAUUUAUGUUACAUUGCCUAUACCUCUUCUUUACACUGGUGUGACAUUUGGAGUUGGAACAUUUGCAAUAUAUCUUAGCACCCUAACAGGAUUGGCGACAAAAGAUCCAUUAUUUUUUGAACAGAUUGCAGCAAAUAUAAUCAUAAUAAUUGCAGCAGCGGCUGUUGGAUUAUUGGUUUAUUUUAUGGGAGAAUCAAAACAAAAAAGAGUUUUUCACGAAGCAAAAAAAAGUCUGGAAGUGAAAAUGAUAAUUGAAGAACAAUCAGCAGAACAGGAACGACUUUUACUAUCCGUAUUGCCAAAACAUGUUGCUGUUAAAAUGCGUCAAGAUUUGGGUUCAACAAGUUCAGAGCCAUUUAAAAAGAUUUACAUGAGUCGUCAUGAAAAUGUUAGUAUACUCUACGCUGACAUUGUGGGAUUUACCGCGAUAUCAUCAACUUACAGUGCCCAAGAUCUUGUUAAGAUGCUCAAUGAGCUUUUCGCACGCUUCGAUAGACUAGCUGAGAAAUAUCAACAGCUGAGAAUAAAAAUCCUAGGGGAUUGUUACUACUGCAUUAGUGGAGCACCUGUAGAAAAACCAGACCAUGCUGUUCUCUGUGUCCACAUGGGGUUGUCUAUGGUAAAAGCAAUCAAAUAUGUUCAACAAAAAACCAAUUCUCCGGUAGACAUGAGGGUUGGUAUCCAUACGGGGGCUGUGCUAGCUGGUAUCCUAGGCCAGCGUCAGUGGCAAUUCGAUGUUUACUCCAAGGAUGUUGAGUUGGCCAACAAAAUGGAAUCAAGUGGAAAGGCUGGUCGAGUGCACAUAUCGAACAAAACGCUAAGCUUUCUGAACGGGGAAUUCGAAGUAGAGCCCGCAAUGGGCGAGCGACGUGAAGAGGCACUACGUAACGCCGGACUAAAGACCUUUUUCAUCACAAAGGUCCUCAUACCUUUUGUAGCUCCAAAUAAUCAAGAAAAUGGUGACACAAUUGAUGAUGACAACGAAGAAAUCCUUGAAGUUAAAGAACAAGCUAUAAGUUUUGAGCAGGAAGAUGAAUUAGAUAAAUAUGAAGAUUUUAAGAAACGUUUACAGCAUGAGUUGGUCGCUAGAGACGGACAUGGAAAUCUAUCCAAAGACACAACAAUAUUUCUGAAAUUUAAGAGCCGAGAUCUGGAGACUGCAUACGAAGGCCACCGUGAACCGUAUUCUUCAUUGCCUUUAAUGGCUGCUGUAUUGGUACAAUCUGUUGAUGUACUCUAUUCCUACCUGGUACUUCCGAGGUAUUGCUUACACUUCUUUACCAUAACUAUACCACUUCUACUCAUUAUUGUGUUGGUUUUUAUAUCUGUGAGUGAAAGUUUUCCACGGCAAAUUCAUGAGAAAUUUGUUCAUAUAAGCAAGAGAUUUAAUGAUACAAGAUUUUUGAGAUCAUUUGCAGCAAUUACAAUCUGUUUGGCAAUGGGAUGCAGUAAUCUUGUGGAUAUGUACUUUUUUACUACUGUGAUUAAGUCUGACGACUUCGGCUUACCAGCUAGAUGUGGUUUAGACAACAACGAUACAAAAAAUUUUAAUCAAUCGGAGAUUGGAAAAUGUACCGAUAGCCCAAAUCCUGAAAUAACCAUUUAUCCCUCGUACAUGAGUAAUUUUGGAGUUCUCAUAUUAAUAGCAGUUUCGGUGAUUGCACAAUUAACACACACUGUGAAAAUUCUUCUAAUGGUUAUCAUUGCUGGUCUUCACUGUGCUUUCAAUGUGAUUGUAAUGGAUGAUCUUUAUCGAUUUGAAGAUUUCUUAUCAUCUGAUCCAGUCAUACCAACUAAAAUAAACGUCUCUGCCAUAUUAUUGGUAGCUGCCAUCGCAUUGUCACUUUUGGCCAGACACAUGGAUCGUGAGGAUAGAGUGAUAUUCAAAUGGAAAACAGAAGUAGCUGAACAAAAAGAAAUGGCAACUGAUAUGAGCAAAAGAAAUGAGGCUCUAGUUUAUAAUGUCCUGCCUGUUCAUGUAGCCGAACAUUUUAUGAGAAAUAAAAAACGGUCUUAUGACGAACUUUACUCACAAAGUUAUUCAGAAGUGGGUGUUAUGUUUGCCAGUAUGCCAAACUUUGCAGAUUUUUACUCCGAGGAAUCAGUUAACAAUCAGGGGCUUGAAUGCUUGCGUUUUCUAAACGAAGUCAUAUCCGAUUUUGAUGCGCUUUUAGAAUUGCCACAAUUCCAGGAUAUUAUAAAAAUCAAGACAAUCGGAUCGACGUACAUGGGUGCGAGUGGCAUUAAUAUUGCACGGAAAACUGAUCCAGGUGAUUCGAUUUUAGAACGUUGGUUACAUUUAUCGGUAUUGGUUGAGUUUGCAUUUGAAUUGAAGAAGGCACUACAAGGAAUCAAUGAACAGUCUUUUAAUCACUUCGUCCUUAAAAUGGGUAUCAAUCACGGUCCGAUUACGGCUGGGGUAAUUGGAGCACGUAAACCUCAUUAUGAUAUAUGGGGAAAUACUGUCAAUGUUGCAUCGAGGAUGGAAAGUACUGGAAAAGCUGGUAAUAUUCAGGUAACCGAGGAAACCUGUAACAUUUUAAAGGAGUUUGGAUACACAUUUGAGCAACGAGGCUUGGUGUCAGUCAAAGGAAAAGGACAGCUUAUGACUUAUUAUCUUACGGGUCGAUCUUCUUCCUCCAAACCAGCUGCAAUUUCUUCAUUGGAUACAAAAGCUAUCGAACCAAUCGAAGAAGUCCCUCAAAACGAGACCGAAGCUGACAGCAAAACACCACUUCUAAACAACAUUAACGUAGCACCUAGUGAAUUUAGCGAAAAGGACUCAUUAAUAGCAAGUAAUAAUUCCGUUAAUUAAUUUUUAAGCAUACGUUUAAGUAUAAAGACAAAGAAGCAAACAAAUAGUAUUAGUUAUAAACACCAAGACACAUAAGAUAUAAGGAACUACUUAUAUAUAAACUUUCUCCAUAAGGAUUUUCAAAAGAAUCAGUUUUCUAAUUUUAUACAUUUCACUUGUUUUAAAGAAGAGAAAGUUUACACUAACAAAUAAAUUGCGAGGUUUUAUAAAAACAAUACAAAACUCAAUGAAUGAACCUCAUAUAUGUAUGUAUAUAGAAAUAUAUAUGAGGUUAGCAAUAUAUAAAAAUUUUGUUGUCUAUUUUCUAUCUAGUCUAUUUAAAAAAUCUCUAUAAAUUAGGAACGACUUGAGCCCAAAUUGGACAAUCCAAAGUGUGUUUUUCUUAGGAGUUCAAAAACAAAAUGUUUACAUUUUUCUAUAGUUUUUAUUUCUACAGUAUUAAUAGUAUUUAUCUAACUUAUAAGACAUUGAAAAUUGUUAUCAAAAAGCAAUUAUACGAGUACUAAACAAAUAAAACAAAACUAUAGAAAAUAACUUAGAAGAGAUAAAACACCACCGAAAGUAUUUGCAAGAACCUUAAAAUUUAGAGAGAAGCAAAAUAACUUAAUUUGUGCGUAGAGAGGACAGAGACGAAAAAAAGUAAGCUCCACACCUAAUUAAAGAAAAAAGAGGUUCAAUAUUUUCAGCUAGCUUUUGCAAUCAUUUUAUAAUUUUAAAUCUAAAAAGUUUUGUAUGUAACAAUUUAAACUCUAAAAAGUUAUAUUAAAAUGCAAACCCCAAUCAAAAAAUGUGCGAUAAGUAAUUUCUCUUUAUUUUUAUCUACCACUUUAUCUUAAAAAUGAAGUUCCUUUAAGACAUAUUUUUAUUAUUUUUAGUUCAAUAUUACUAUAGAUUAUUGUAUUGGGAGCUAUCAUGAAUGAAAUUUCCCAUAAAAUCAUUUUCAAUUUCAAAAAUUAUGUCAAAUCUGCUGAUCUUACAAUAAAAAGUCGAUAUAUAGAAAAAGUUCAAAGAGACAUUUUACACCCAAAAGUUCCCAUUCUAUAAUAAAUUCAGAAAAUCUAACUUGUUUUAUAAAAACUAUAAUAAACUCUCAAACACAAAGUAUUUUAGAAAUUAUUGAUAAGCUCUGUAAAUAAAUCACAAAACCAAAUCAUUAUAUUUAAAAAUAAAUAAAAAUAUUUAAAAUAAAGAACAAAUAUCAACGUAAAUAAAACAAACUUAAAAAUAAAAACUGUCCUCUCUAUUUAAAUUUGCUAAUAGAAUUACUAUAAUGAAUAAUAUUAAAAACAUCAACAUUUAGCUGCUAAAUAAUUAAGUAUUUUUCGAAACUUUUUCGAAAAUUGUGAAUAAAUAAAUACUGUACCUCUUACAAACUUUCUCUCUCUCUCUCUAAUAUUUAUAUAACAAUAUAAUUUUUAAGAGCUCUGCAUGUAAGUUAAAAAACAAGAAAACAAAAGCAUUUUAUCUUUUAAGUACAAUGUAACAAGUCAUUUCUAAUACACAAAUUAGUUUAAAUAAGAAAGGAAAAAUAUAUAAUGUGAUUUUGGUUUUGCUAUUAAUAUGCAAUGCCAUUUGCGUCUCUGUUGUUGCUUAGUUAUAUCUUCAUAUCUUCAAUAUAGAAAUUGUUGCAAACAUUAAGCUACUACAAACAUAUAAUAAAUAGUAAUAAAAAUGAAACAAAAUAAAAAAGAACUAGAUCUAAAAAAG